UCAAUCGGAACGGUCGAUCAGUCGGUGGCGCUGAAGAAUAACGACGACGACGACGACGACGCUCAUGCUACUAAUGCUUAUGUAAAGUUUUGCGCAAAGUGACGGAAAAUCAAUGACCGGAUUCGGGAGUGUUUUUGUGCAAGAUAAAGUGCUGAAAUAACUGGUGUCAAAGUUCUGUGAUCGUGCUCUCCUCCACUUUGGAUUCGCAAAAAGAUACAUGGUAAAGUCGUUAGCUUGGGGGAAAAGCUUUUGCCAGAGUGGAUUGAUUUAUGAUCGACUGGAGUGCAGCUGGAAUACGUAAUCCAAUCAGAGACAACAGUGGCAGAAGAGUACAUAUAAAAGUUUCUCGUUGUCGAGAGAAGCGGAGGAAAUCGUUGGCCAAUUGCUUGCACCGAAAGGAGUAUAUCAGAAAAAGCAUCGGUGGAAGUGCGGGAAGCCGGUAAGCGAGCCGUUACACAGCUUCAGACCACCACCACACCCCAUCUGCGGCACCUGAAUCCGGGCACACUGAUCAAGCAGGGCAUACACGUGAAUGAACCAGAGGCAGCCACGAACAGUAUGAGUACAAACGCCACGAUCCACGAAGACAGCAACAGCAAGCUGACCAUCCUGCAUUACAACGAUGUUUACAACAUUGAUGCCACCUGCAAGCAGGAACCGAUCGGUGGAGCCGCCCGGUUCUGCACGGCAGUUAAAACCUUUGCGCACAUGAAUCCGCUGGUGCUGUUUAGUGGAGAUGCGUUUUCGCCCAGUAUGUUGAGUACAUUUACGCGAGGAGAACAGAUGGUCCCGGUACUCAAUACCGUCGGAACGCACUGUGCCGUGUUUGGGAAUCACGACUUUGAUCACGGUCUGGAUGUGCUCGCCGAGUGGGUCGAAAAGACCACCUUCCCCUGGUUAAUGUCCAACGUGGUCGACAACGAAACGGGCCGUCCGUUGGGCGGUGGAAAGAUCACCCACAUCCUGCAUCACAACGACGUCAAAAUCGGUCUAAUCGGGCUGGUGGAGAAGGAGUGGCUCGACACACUGCCAACGAUCGAUCCAAAUGAGGUCACGUACAUAGAUUUCAUCAAGGCUGGCAACCAGCUGGCCGACGAGCUUCACAAUCAAGGAUGUGAUAUCAUCAUUGCGUUGACGCAUAUGAGAACGCCCAAUGACAUCGAGCUGGCGAAGCACAGUGGGCACAUCGAUCUGAUCCUGGGAGGUCACGACCACGUGUUUGAGAUUCUGAACAUUGAGGAUACGCAUGUGAUCAAGUCGGGAACAGACUUUCGGCAGUUCUCGAGGAUCGGAGUCAAUACCGAACGGAGCGAGAACGGAAAGAUUAGCAUCACGGUGGAGAAGGUUGACGUGAACUCGACAAAAUACAUCGAAGAUCCGGUACUGAAGGAGGAACUGAAGAAGUACUCGGAGACGAUCGAGUCCAAGAUGGACGAAAUGUUGGGUGUAUUUACGGUGGAUUUGGAUGGCCGAUUUGCGUCAAUCCGUACAUCGGAGACGAACUUGGGUAACUGGAUCUGUGAUGUAGCGCUGGCCGCAACCGGUGCGGAUGCGGUCAUGAUCAACUCAGGAACAUUCCGAUCCGAUCAGAUUCACGCGGCUGGCCCGUUCACGAUGCGUGAUCUGGUGAACAUCAUCCCGAUGCAGGAUCCGCUGAUAGUGGUGGAAGUUUCCGGUAAAGUGCUCCAUGAAGCAUUGGAAAAUUCCGUGUCCACCUACCCGAAGCUGGAGGGUCGCUUCCCUCAGAUUGCCGGUAUGUCGUUUGCAUUUGAUCCGACGCAACCGCCGGGGCGACGGGUAGAAUCCAGGCUGGUGAGGAUUGGCGACGAAUGGCUCAAGUUCGAACAAACGUACACACUGUGCGUAAAGAGUUACAUCUUCGGUGGUUGCGAUGGCUAUAUCAUGUUCAAGGGGUCCAAGGUAUUGAUGGACGACGAUGCUGCCCCGGAACUAGGAUUGGCAAUUCAGAACCACUUCAAGGCGAUCGAUGUGCGAAUGGGUAAAGCUCACCACACCAAGCACCGGCAAUCGUUAGUGACGCUGUCGCGAAGGCACAGCAUGGUACAGAUGUUAGAGAACCUGGAACUGGACGGCCCUACGCCGAUCCGGCGAAAAUCGACCGUCAUUCAGCCGAUGCGACAUGCCAGCAUGGAACAUGUGAAGCGAGGAAAGUUGAUGAGAAGAGCAUCACUAGACGAUUUGGAGCAAAGCAGUUGCCAGCUAGCACCGUCCAUCCAGCACCGGAUAGUGGUGGUCCAGAAUCAAGAUCACAUUCACGAGAUGAUCCUGCGACGGGAAACAAUGGAAGCGAACUCCGUCAUCAAAGAAACCGACGAGCUCACGCCCGUUAGCAUGAAUGGAUUCUACAACUACAACGGAACUUCCCCUAAAUGAACCAGACACUUUCCCACAAAAUUGACAACUGAAACCAACUGAGUUACUUACAGAAAAAAGUAUUUCCAACACUGCAUCUCAGUGCCUCGAAACAUUUUCCCAUUAUCAUUGGUAGAGAUUAGUUUUCUCUAAAUCUACGGAAGAAAAACCAAUCAUUGUAAAUAGUAAACCAUUGUUAGUCACCUUAAAGGAUAUUGUUAAAAAAAAAAUGCUUCAUGGAAACUAAAAAAACGAAGUGACAGUUUAAUGUCACCGCGUUGUGUUCUCCCGUUUCAAACCUAUACUUCUUCAAUAAUUGCAUAUUUUGGAAGCUAUUUUUGAUGGUUUAAAUUUGAAGCAUAAAUAUCUAUCUAAUAACUGUUGUCAAACUGAAUCCGUUACACCUUACCUGUAAUAAUAGUCUAUGAUAAUUAUCCAAUUCAAUAACUCAAAUAACUCUAGACAUCCCCAAUCCUUACUAGAUAUGUGUUAAAUAAUUACGAUAAAUGCAAAAUCCGUCAUUGUUAGAACAACAAAUACUAAAUAGGCACACUCACAUACAGGUACCGUACUGAUUGUAUAGCGUUACUGUGUAGAAAAAGCGAAAGAGACAAAAAGAAGGUUUUUGAAUGGGAGAUUUAUAUAGGAAAGUUGGUAAAUAUAGGUAAAUAUAAAUCUCCACUAGAAGCGAUGGGUUGAUACAGAAACGAUAUGGUGCAAAUGAACGAAAAUGGAAAAGAA